CUUUAGACUAAAACAAGAUCCACUGGAAAACAAAACUUCCUAAAUGCAUCCUCUACGAAAUCUCCAAAAUAUAAAUCAUUUCAAUUGAUCUCAAUUCUCACCACCGGAUCCACCCGUUCCUCAUUUAGAUCUUGUCACUUUCCCAAGAAAAUCAACACGAAAUCCAUACCCCUCACUUUCCCGAGAAAAUGUCGCACUCUCACAGUGACACCGUACCUCUCCACGCCUCCUCUCAAUCCGACAUCGACGAGAUCGAAAACCUAAUCCACGUUAGCGUCCAAUCCGGCCAAUCCACCGUCCUCCCGGCCCGGCCGCCCAGCCCGACGCGGCCCGCCACGAUCCCUGUCUCCUCUGCUUCAUCAACUCCUUUCAUCAAUUCAAACCUCCCUCCGCUUCCUCCCUCGUCCAAUCAGAAGGUGCCAUCUGUCUCCGCCGCGCCUCCGCCUCCGCUCCCGCCAUCGACGAACCCUACCAGUUCUCGUUCGAAUAUCGGGGUUAGCGGCUUCGGGCCGGCUCCGAACACGUUGACGGAGCCGGUUUGGGACACGGUGAAGAGAGAUCUAUCGCGAAUUGUGAGUAAUUUGAAACUGGUUGUGUUUCCGAAUCCGUAUAGAGAAGAUCCGGGAAAGGCUCUGAGAGAUUGGGAUCUGUGGGGCCCCUUCUUCUUUAUAGUGUUUUUAGGGCUCACUCUCUCGUGGUCAGCCUCUGUUAAGAAGGUCAGCAUUUAAUUUAGUUACAUUAGUUU